CUUAGUGCUUUGAGUUGAUGUCUGGCAGGUUGCCAGACUGACAAUGGUCAUAUUGCAUUAACUCCCCCGAUAGUUCGUGCACCGAAACGAUGUAUGAGCGGGCACUAGAAGGCUACGAGAAGGCGCUCGGACCGGAUCAUACGUCGACUCUCGAUAUAGUUAACAGCUUGGGCCUUCUCUACUCGGAUCAGGGCCGGCUAAAGGAGGCUGAAACGAUGUAUCAGCGGGCGCUGUCUGGUUAUUCAGCAGCCUUAGGCUCGUCCCACGCGAAAUCUCUCCAGGUUAUAAAAAAUAUAGCAUCUUUACAACUUGCAAAAGGUAGCCUCUCCCUGUAAGAACUAAUAGUUAAGUUUGCUAACAUUUACAAUUAGGUUCAUCAGCCG